AUGCUUCUUGGGUUCCAUCAGGUUGCCACCACGAUGUCUGUGGAAGUGGGGAAUCAGACCACCUUGACUGAAUUCAUCUUACUUGGCUUCUCAGCUGACCCCCAGAUGCAACUGGUCUUCUUUGGAGCUUUUUUGGCUCUUUAUUUGGUAACAUUAGCAGGCAACAUGACUCUAGUUAUCUUAAUCAGGAUUGACUCCCGUUUGCAUACCCCGAUGUAUUUUUUCAUUGGGAGUCUGUCAUUCUUAGAUUUCUGGUAUACAUCUGUGUACACCCCCAAAAUCCUGGCCACCUGUAUUUCAGAGGACAAGCGUAUAUCCUUAGCAGGCUGUGGUGCCCAAUUUUUCUUUUCCGCUGCUGUGGCCUACACUGAGUGUUACCUCCUUGCUGCUAUGGCCUAUGACCGUCAUGCAGCAGUCUGCAACCCCCUUCUCUAUUCAGCUGCAAUGUCCAGGUCUCUCUGUGUUGGGCUGGUGGCUGGGUCCUACAUAGGUGGGUUCUUGAAUGCCACAGCCCACACUGCUAACACAUUUCGCCUGAAAUUUUGUGGGAAAAAUAUCAUUGACCACUUCUUCUGUGAUGCACCCCCCCUGGUGAAGAAGUCCUGCACUGACACACAGGUCUAUGAGAAAGUACUCCUGGGAAUGGUGGGUUUCACAGUUUUGUCUAGCAUACUAGCCAUCCUGAUGUCCUACUUCAACAUCCUCCUGGCCAUCCUUCGGAUCCACUCAGCCUCAGGGAGGUGGAAGGCUUUCUCCACCUGUGCCUCCCACAUGAUCUCUGUCAUGCUCUUCUAUGGGUCCCUCCUCUUCAUGUACUCAAGACCCAGCUCCACCUAUUCCCUGGAGAAGGACAAGUGGGCUUCCCUGUUCUACACAGUGGUGAAUCCCUUGCUCAAUCCCAUGAUCUAUAGCUUUAGGAACAAGGAUGUGAAAGAGGCCUUCAGGAAAGCAAUACAGAGCAUCAAAGUACCAAGAUGA